AUGAAAGCCAGUGAUGCCUCCUCGCUGCUGCCCCCCACGCCGCAAGCCGUCGCCACCGACGCCGGCGACGUCCCGGACAUGGAGUUCAUCGGCGCCACCUCGCGCGACAUGUUCUCGUGGCUGCUCUUCAACUCGGAGAACAUGGCGGCCGUGACGAGCAGCGGCCUCGCAGCUGCCGACCACGCGCCCACGGCCAUGGGUCUAGGGGACGACCCCUUCCGUCUGCUCUUGUCCGGCGACGACCCGAGUCUCUCCCUUGGGCAGCAGCAGCAGCAGCAGACAGGCGCGUCAACAGCCGAGCUGUUCGCAGCGGUGACGCCCGUGACCACGGCAACAGCGCCACUGACCAUGUCAGCGCCUACGAAGCCGCUUCCGACCAAACGGGGCAAGAAACGGUCGGUCGUCGGGGACGCAGCAGCGACCGUGGCCAAGGACCUGCAAGCCAAGAGCUUGACCAAUACCGAGGGGCUCCUGCGUCACUUGGAGAGCGCGAACAACGCGCUCGUGCAGAAGCGGCAAGAAGCAGGGCACAAGGAUGCAGGUCCCAAGUCGGUGCCUGACAAGACGUCGACGUCCAGUAGUGGCAGCGACAAUAGUUCGAGUGACGUGACGACGUUGCAGCGCAAGCUGAAGCUCGAGCGCAAUCGCGAGUCCGCGCGUGAGUGCCGACGUCGGAAACGAGAGCACAUUCUGGGCGUUGAGGAGCGCUGUCGGCAGCUCGAGCGCGAGAACAUGGAGCUGCGCGGACAGCUCAAGGCUGGGAAAGAGGCGAUUCGACAGGAGGAGAAGGAAAAGAACCGCGUGUGCGAGGAGCUCGAGAAGAUGAUUCAACUCGGGGCUUCGGAGAAGGAACUGGCCGAGAAGAUUGACAAUUUUAAAGAACAGUACUCGGACUAUGGCCACGGACGCCGGUCGGCGCUGAGCUACCAUCUGCAUCAGAUUGAGCGGUUGCUCUUGCCGACGCAGGUGACGAAAAUGUGUAUCUGGGCGCUGCGUCAAGACGACAGCUUUUGGCAAGACGAGGAAGAUGAGACUAGUUUACCCGUGAUUUUGGCCAAGGAGCUAGGAUUGAGCGAGGACCAGAAGAAGAAGAUCCAGCAGCAAAGGGGGUCGAUCUCGUUGAUCUGCGAGAACCUCAAGAGUGCGCUGGGUCUGCUGGCGGAGCUCAAGACGGAAGUGACCAACAAAAACUCCACCCUAGACAUGGAGAUGGACAAGCUACAGAAUAUUCUCACUCCCACCCAGCGCGCCAAGUUUAUUGUGUGGGUGACCAACAAUCAAGCGUGUAUGCAUUUACUUAACAAGCUGUGGCGAAGUGUGCUUUGA